GAAUAAGUUGUUUGGGGAUCAGUCGAAAUCGAGCAACCUGGUGGAAAAGUCUUCUCCGAUUCGAGUUGAGCGAAUAUAUUUUUUUUAGACUACAAUUAGAUGAAUUUCGCCGGGUUGAAGUGGAUAUUUCACAUCUUCACCGGGCGUGUAAUUCAUCUCCUUGAGAGUCUUCAAAUCAACCUUGUGAAUCCAGACUGUUGGUGAUUCUAAAGCAUUUGAAAUAUACACAUUUUCCACGUGUCCAUAUGAGGCUCAUUUCUGUAUGGCGUUAAAAGAAGCUCGACCAACUAUGGUAAAAGCGAAGACCAUCUUCAAUGGCGGACAUCGGAAACCACUUCAGAAGAGUUUAACCUGUCUAACCUUUGGGUGCAUAACCUUUGCUUGUGUUCAAUGGGGUUUUUCCAUGAGUGGGGCUCAUUUGAACCCGGCCAUCACGUUGGGAAUCCUCUUGACCGGAAGGCUUGGAUGGCUACGAGGCUUCCUUUACAUAGGCAGCCAGUGCUUUGGGGCUCUAGGUGGAUCAUUUUUGCUCCAAGUGCUCGCACCCCGGUAUCAUCACGGUCAUUUAGGCACCACCUACCUCUUCCCUGGGGGUGUCGACCCUACUUGUCAAUCGGGAGACUGCAUCAUCGGCAAUGUAAAACCCUGGCAAGGUUUUGGCAUUGAACUGAUGGUGUCUUUGGUUCUGGUGUUGGUCUACCUAUCGGCCACGGACCCCUUGCAAUCGGAAGACGAGACGACCAACGUCCCCCUAGCCAUGGGAUUGGCCGUGGCCGGCGUUCAUCUCAUGGCCUUCCCCUAUACGGGCUGCGGGGCCAAUCCGGCCCGAUCAUUGGGACCCGCCGUCAUUGCCCAACAAUGGGACAAUCAUUGGGUGUAUUGGGCUGGACCUUUAGCGGGGGGAAUGCUGGCGGCAUGUCUUCACCGAUUUGUGUUCUCGUCGUUUCGACGUCAUCAACGCCAUCAGUAUGACAUCACCGCCACGACGGAUCCCAUGAAAAUGCAUAACGUGAAUUGACAUGCCGUCCCGGUUCAUGAUUUCAUAUCGGCUAACCUCCUCUAAAACGACUAAUCCCGGUGAAAUCGUGUCAAUCCAUUAGCUUCAAGCUGGACACUCAAUAAAUUGAAUUGAUAUCGA